AUGACCCUUCCGUCUGAAUUGUAUUUGAAAGUGCUGUCCAACCUGAGUUCAUCAGAUCUAGCGGUUUUGGCAAGAUGCAGCAGAACGCAAUGCCAAAUUGUAACGCCAAUUCUUUACAGGAAGCUGUCAUUGCAGCUGCAUUCCGGUGACCCGGACGCUAGCAGCACCUUGCUGCUGCGAACUCUCAGUGCGAACCCUCGGCUCCGCUACUUUAUACGGCAAGUCGAGGUAGUAAACGCCUCGUCGACAUACUGGACUUCAGGCCAUUCCAAAUUAUUGGGUAUCCUCCUCUCCAGCAUUUUGACCCAUCCAGACCGUAUCACAUCUUUCACGUGGAAGGCUGGCCUGCUACCGACGCACAUUUUCUUCCCCGAGAUGUCGAUCCUCGAAUGCACCCGGAUCCUCAACAUGUCAGAUUUGCUCUGGGUCAGGUGGCAUCUGCUGUACUGUCGCUCCCUCAAAUCCAUUCGCUUGCACGUAUCAAAGCGGAUGGACCAACGAUCCCUACAAUGGUUUCUUUCAAACUUAUCUCUGCAGCGUGUACGACACCUACACCUCCAGGGUGCCGACUUAACAACAAUGAACAUUGACGUUGUUUACUCACUCCAAACACUAGACCUGAAGCUGUGCCGCGGUCUAGACGGCUUUUUGGCCCGACUCGUUUCGUAUGGAGUUCCACAAUCAUUAAAGGUAUUGAGAUUAGCCGGAGACAUUGCUCUAACAUCUCUAGAAUGUUUCUUAUCGGCUGUGGCAUCCAAGACACGGCUUCAAGAGCUGUCUCUUAGGAUUGGCGGGGCUACUAGGUUUCCCAGCACUAAGGCUAUCCAAGCGCUCGCACCGGGGCUCUCAACCCUGGUGCUGGACUUCAGGCAGAAUCUCUCUGAUCCCCGGUCCUCUCUAAAAUACACAAUCAAAGACUUUCAGGAUUUUAUCAAAGAAUUCCCUUUGUUGAGGUCGGUAGGAUUCGCAUUGGAUCUGCGGAAUCCAAAGUGCCAGCGGUACCAGAGAACCAAGUUCGUGAAAGAUGUUACACUCGAGAAUUCCAGUCUUGAGUACCUCCACCUCCGUGGCCACUGCGUUCCGCUGAAGCGGUCUAUCCUGGAUGCAAAACACCUGGCCGCCCCGUUCGUAAAGAACGGCCCGCUUCGGGUUUUACUAGACCAUGGCUCGCGCCUACGCAAACUCAGUUUCAGUCAGAAAUCAUACGAAUUCUCUACGGUGUCCGAUGAAGAACGAUUACAACUAAGCACAGAUUUAUACGGGGUGUAUGGGUGA